UGGUCAAUUGCGCAUGCGUUAGUAUUUGUUGUGAUUUCGAACAGAAACUUAGAAAGAUGUGAAAGAAGGAUUUAAUGCAGGACACUGACAGUCUGAAGAUGGCCAGCACAAGCAUGUUAGGGGGGACUGGUCAUGUCACUGGCUUGCCUCCCGUUGUCCAAAACCUGGCCUCGUCGCUACCUCAGCUGACAUCAGAGACCGAGCUCCAAAAACUGCUCGCUGAUGAACGAAUGAGAAGCCAGAUGCACAGAACCAACUAUGAGCAGCUAAAAGAGGAGCACAAAAGGUUGCAAGAUGAAUAUGCCCAGUUAGAGGAAGAGAUUAAAAGGACGGUGGAGGAGAGUAAGAUUGUACAGGAGAAGUACAAGACGAUGUACGAACAGACGCGGCGCGAGCUCGGAGAGAAGAGUGCGCAGAUGGAGGAGGUCCGAAGCAGCGUCAUCACUCCCCAACGUCUAGAAAUAAUACGGACCCAGGUGACGGAGGAAAUAUCGAAGAUUUACAAGGAGCGUUAUCACAAACAGGAGGAGGAGGUGGAGGAAUACCGCACGCUGUGUAACCAGUUAAAACACACGCUGGCCUUCACACAGUCCGAGUACGAGACCCAGAAAGCCGAGUACCAGCGGAUUAUAGAGGAAUACAAACUCAGUGCCGAGGCAGAGGUUACAAAUCUACGUAAAGAAAGGGAGACAACCAUCACUAAGGUGCGGGAGGAGAGCAGUCAGGACACGGAGCGUGUCCGGAUCCUACAGAAGGAGAACGCACAGUUACUGCUGAAACUGAAGACGCUAACGCUGGAACUGGAGGAGCUACACGCUCAGAGAGAAAAACAGGGCUUCGAGACCGACAACAUUACCCGUGUACAAGCCAAACAGAUCACGGAGCUGUCUGCUUCUGUCAAAGGCCUGGAGACUGAGCGAGAGUCCCUUCGCCGACAGCUGGACCAGUUACAGCGAGAUUUAGCUCUGACCGGGGACACCCAUAACAAACUGACCGGGCAGAUCCACGAACUGGAGAAGGAGAACGCCGUCUAUAAAAAUAAACUGGAGGAACUGACCCACAAAAACAAAGUCGACCUCACCAACCUCAAAAUGGACAUGUUAAAACAGAGGGGAGAGUUAGAGAGGGAGAGAGACAAACUUCUGAAUGUAGUGGAUGAUUUGCAGACCAAGUUGGAGAUAAACAAACACACGAUUGACCAGCAGGCACGGGCUCUGGUGGAGAAAGAGAGGGACGCUGUCCGGCGUGUCCAGGCCGCCAGGGAGGAGGAGUUUGUUAAACUGACCGGUGUGGAGAGUGAGAAACUGGCAUUAGAGACAAAGCUGCAGGAAAUAGACAGGAGGAAGAUUGACCAGGAAGCCUACAAACACGCGGAGAAAGAGAAAAUGGAGGAGCGGAUCCGAGCAGCAAACGAUGCAAAGGAAACGGCAGAGAGGGAACUUCUAGUCUUAAAGAGUAAGGUUGACCAUCAGAAUUCUCUACAGAACCAAAUAGAGCGGGAACGCAGUGAAAACUCCGACUUAAAAAGUAAAAUCUCCAAACUGGAGACUGAAAUCAACGCCUACCUUGGAAAUGAGCAGGAUAUGACAGAUGACAAUUUACGGCUGAGAAAUCAGGUGGAACUGCUCCGGGAGGAGAUUAAGUUGACCAAGGGUCAGCUGAAGAAGGUACAGGACAAUCACGACAUCAUACUGAUGCAGCAGAGGAGCGCUUUCACGGAAGAGAAGGCUCAGGUGGAUCACAGAUUACAGGACCUACAGGGGCAGCUAAAGGAACUCCACGGCAAAUACCAGAGGGCGCUCACAGCUUAUAAAAAGUACAAGAAGAAAAGCACACAUGUGGUGGAGCGACUAAAAGACAAAUUAGAGAUUUUAGAGGCCAAAAAUUUAGAAAUAGAACUGGAGAAAAAGGCAUUACAAGCCUGCGUUCCUCAGGAUAUUUACAGCAAACUUAAGAAGCAAUGGAAGGACCUCCACAGGCGACAUAACGAGUUCCGUAAAGUCCUGCUGUCCAGCGUGUUCCCGGUCACCAUUGGAGAUAUGUCCUUCGCUAAUGUCACCGUACCAGUGGAUUGUACAUUUUUACCAGGAAACGUCAGUUUUACAGAACAGGAGAGAAAACACCAGGAGGACCUUCGCCUUCUGAGACAGCGACUGGAUCGCGUGGACAACAAUCAACAGAAACAGUUAGAGGAGUUACAGGAGAUCGCCAGCAGCACGUUCCGCGGGACCUUCCCAGAGCUCGACGAGAAAAUAGGGAGAGGGUCAUCGAGGAAAAAAUUACAGAGACGGAAGUCAUUAAAGAACACGAGAAAAUUGUGACAAAAGACGUCGUCGUGGAGGAGGACGAAAGCAUGGAGAAGGCCGACUCCGAAAAAUCCAGCUGAUGACAGUGGGGGGCGGGAAUUCAUCCUUCAUUAUACUCAUAUCAUCACCAUUUAUCAUAUAGAAAUUUGUACUAAGAAUUUUUAGAAUGGAACAUAUACCCAAGGAAAAGUUUCCCAAGACAACAGCAUUACAAGGAAGACUUAAGCAUCAUGAUGAACACAGUGUCAUAUUUUUUACCCAAGUGUAAUGCAUGGAAUUUUCCAAAUUAUCGGUCUAAUCCAAGAUACAUGUAUCAUUUUGAAUUGAUGUCGUCCCCAGGAUUGGAUUCCUGUGCUGCUCGUAGCCUGGCCUGGUUAAUGAUGUUGUUGUUCAAUAAUCCUAAUGUCCUAAACCUGUAAUUCUCUUCUUUAGCUGUGAUAUUUGAACUUAGUGGAUAUUUUCUCUACACAUAUUUAUUAUAUUGUAUAUUUACGUAUUAUAUUAAUUAUUGUUUUUGUUAAUUGAUAUUGACUUUAAUCUCCGUGUGCCUUGUUGUGGAUUUGUAUAGCAAUACAGGAACAGGUGCUCUGGUCAAUGUUUUUGUUAGAAAAACAUUAGAAUGAAGUACCUUUGUAAUAAAUUAUACUGUAACAGUAGUGGAAAUAUUUAAGGUACAGUGCGCAUCACUAAAUUUACAUAUUUCAUAUUUUUGAUACAAUUAGUAGAUACCUAACUAACUUGAACUAAGUGUCAAAUGUAUUGAAUUCUAUUGGACCUCCAAUUUUAAAGUCCACUCAUAUCUUUUAGUGCAUGGAGGUAAAGUUCAGAAUUACUUUUUUUGUGAUGUAUUUUAUUACAAAAAAAUAAAUGACUAUAAAGCAA